AUGCUGAAACAACAAGAAGAGUAUAACAUAAUGCAGAUGGCAACUAAGAGUAUUAUUGAGAGGUGUAAUGGUGUAUUAAAGGCUCAGUUUAGGUGUUUAUUAAAGCAUCAAAUAUUACACUAUACACCAAACAAAUCUGGCAAAAUUGUAAAUGCCUGUGUUUAUUUACACAAUAUGUGCAUAUUGGCUAUAGUUCUAGAUUCAGAUAUGAAUGCUGAAAAUGUGGAAGAAAUUGAUUUCAGAAUGAUCAAUAAUUAUACUCCUGAAGAUGAUAAUCGAGGAAGAAAUUUGAAUUCUGAAUUAGUGGAAAGUAGAAGAAUAAGAGACAAUGUAGCAAGAUGUUUAUGCAACAGAUAG